AUGGCGAACGCCAGCGAGCUGGGAAGCAGCAGCAGCCCCCACCUGCCCAGCCCGGGAGGCCUCCUCAGCAGCUCCGGCCUCAAGCUGGCCACCUUGGGCUUGAUCCUUUGUGUCAGCCUGGCUGGCAACGUGUUGUUCGCUUGGCUCAUCCUGAAGGAUCGGCACCUGCACCGCGCCCCCUACUACCUGCUGCUGGACCUCUGCCUGGCGGACGGGCUGCGCUCCCUGGCUUGCUUCCCUUUCGUCAUGCUCUCGGUGCACAGCGGGGCGAGCUCCUGGCCUCACGGGCCGCUCGGCUGCAAGGUGCUGGCCUUCCUGGCCGUGCUCUUCUGCUUCCAUGCCGCCUUCCUGCUCUUCUGUGUGGGCGUGACCCGCUACAUGGCCAUCGCGCACCACCGCUUCUAUGCCAAGCGCAUGACAGGCUGGACCUGCCUGGCUGUGGUGUGCAUGGUGUGGACUCUGGCCAUGGCCAUGGCCUUCCCUCCGGUCUUUGAUGUGGGCACCUACAAGUUCAUCCGGGAGGAGGAGCAAUGCAUCUUCGAGCACCGCUAUGUCAAGGCCAACGACACCCUGGGUUUCAUGCUCAUGCUUGCCACUGUAAUUGCUGCCACCCACCUGGUCUAUGUCAAGCUCCUGUUUUUCAUCCAUAGCCACCGCAAGAUGAAACCUGCUCAGUUGGUGCCAGCCAUCAGCCAGAACUGGACUUUCCAUGGGCCUGGGGCUACUGGUCAAGCAGCUGCAAACUGGACGGCUGGCUUUGGCCGGGGCCCUACCCCUCCUACCUUGGUGGGCAUCAGACAGAACACCACCCAUAGCCAGAUCAAGAGGCUGCUGGUCCUAGAAGAAUUCAAAACAGAGAAGAGGAUCUGUAAGAUGUUCUACAUGAUCACUCUUCUGUUUCUGCUGCUCUGGUCCCCUUACAUUGUGGCAUGUUAUCUACGAGUCUUCAUCAAGGCGAGCACCAUCCCCCAAGUCUAUCUGACCACCUCCGUCUGGAUGACCUUUGCUCAAGCAGGAGUCAACCCCAUCCUGUGCUUCAUUUUCAACAAAGAGCUCAGAGUCUGUUUCAGAGCUCAUUUUUUUUGCUGCCAAAGCAUACAAAACACCCAAGGCACCAUUCUGUGUGAUCUGAAGAAUUUUGGGAUGUAGUUUUAUUCAUUUUUUUUUUUAAGGAAAAGAUAAAUUUCUGUGUUUCUCUUUUGGUAUAUGCACUUGAAAGGUCGCUAACUAAAGAGACACUUUGACUGUUGUAUGGUAUCCACAUUGCUGGGUUUUAACAGGAUAUUUAUUUUAUGUACAUGUGGAUUUGGGGAGCGGGGUAGGGGUUUAUAACACAGGACUCCAGAUUUCUUGGCUGUUUCUAACACUUGCAGAAAGUUAUUCUGAUAAGGAUUAAAAGGCCAUAAUUUUGUGGGAGUUUUUUGGUUGUUUUUUUUUAACCCUACUGGUUUUGAUAAAGGCUUAACAAUUUUAUUCAUGCAAGAUUUGAUAAAGGCCAAAAUACAGUUUUAUACUAAAGUAUUAUUUUUGAUGACCUCAAUAUUGUAUUACAGUGUUAGUUUUUAAAAGGAAACCAAGAAGGAAAAACAAUACUGUGUUAAGUCUGUUCAUGAUGGGGGGGAAAGCAUUUGGAUUAAAUUGAUUUCAGUAUUUUAAGCAGUGACUUUCUAACUUUGCCUGACAUGGAAACAUGAAAUGCAAUCCACCUAACCCACACCCUAAUUGUACUCAAGGUAUUAGGUUAUUUCCUGUUGACCGAAAAGGGGUUAGGAUUACUUGCUCUGCUGGAGAUGUAAUUUUGCAUUUUCUUGUUGCACUGUUUCUUUGAUAAUCUCUGAACUGUUUGGAGUACAAAACUGUCAAUUUUAAAAGCAAAACAACUACUUAAUAUCACCUUUACAAAUGUCAGUAUCGGGUUUCUAAAUUACACUGAAUUUCAUAUUUUGCUGACUUAAUAAGAUCUUAUCUGCAAACUGGAUAGUACUUGUACAUUUUGAUUGUUUUAAUAAAACACUGUCAAAUUUUUGUA